GAGGGCUCGCCGGGCACGGAGUUCCAGCAGUCCGCUUGCUGUGCCCUCAGCUCCGGAGAAGUGGGUGUUUUUGGGGGGCCGGGGGGAGGGAAGAGGGAAAAAAGAGGAGAGGCUUUUAAAAGCACAUUUUUUUUUUACCUCGGACUCCAAAGAACUCCAAAGCUUAGGCUCGGUUACCCAGUCUCUCCACUCUCUACAAACUUUCUCUUCCCCCUCUCACCCACCCUUACCCUUCGCCCGCCAGCCGUCGUGGCUCAUCCCAAGCCCUGCUGGACAGCGGGGUACUUGGGUUCCUCCUUCGUCUGCGACUAUCACAGGACCUAGAAACAUGUCGACCACACUUUUGUCUGCUUUCUAUGACAUCGACUUCUUUUGCAAGCAGACGGAGAAAUCCCUGACCAACCUCAAUCUGAACAGUAUGCUGGACAAGAAGGCCGUGGGGACCCCCGUGACCACCUCCCCCACCUCAAGCUUCACGCCGGGAUUUCUCCGAAGGCACUCCACCAGCAACCUGCAGGCCCUUGCCCACCCUUCCCCGAACCCGGCGACGGGUCCCGGCAACUGCUCCCCCAAGUUCACUGGCGGCAACAGCUGCAACGGCUCGAGCGGCUCGGGCUCGUACAGUAACCUCAAGGAGCCGUCGGGGGGAGGUGGCAGUGCCAGCACCACGGCCCUGCUCAACAAGGAAAAUAAAUUCCGGGACCGCUCCUUCAGCGAGAACGGCGAACGCAGCCAGCAUCUCAUGCAGCUGCAGCAGCAGAAGUCGGGCGGCUCCCAGAUCAACUCCACGCGCUACAAGACGGAGCUGUGCCGCCCCUUCGAGGAGAGCGGCACCUGCAAGUAUGGGGAGAAGUGUCAGUUCGCCCACGGCUUCCACGAACUGCGGAGCCUGACCCGACACCCCAAAUACAAGACGGAGCUGUGCCGCACCUUCCACACCAUAGGCUUCUGCCCCUAUGGGCCCCGCUGCCACUUCAUCCACAACGCCGAGGAGCGCCGCCCCUCGCCGUCCGGGGGCGCCGGGGGCAGCGGGGGCGACCUCCGCGCCUUCAGCCCCCGAGAAGCCCUGCACUUGGGCUUCCCGGGGCACCCUCGGGAGUCGAGGCCCAAGCUGCACCACAGUCUCAGCUUCUCGGGCUUCUCCUCGGCUCACCACCAGCACCCAGGCGGCCUGGAGUCGCCCCUCCUCGAGAGUCCCACGUCGAGGACCCCGCCACCGGCCUCGUCCUGCUCCUCCUCCGCCGCUUCCUCCUCGUCGUCCUGCUCCUCCUCCGCGUCCUCCUCGUCCUGCUCCUCCUCCGCGUCCUCCUCGUCCUCUUCCUCGGCCGCCGCCCCCUCCUGCUGUUCCCCGACUGCAGCUGCAGCUGCGGCGGCGGCGGCGCUGCUGUAUGGGGCGGGCGGCGGGGGCGAGGACUUGCUCUCCCCUGCUCCGUGCGCCGCCUGCGCCAACAACGCCUUUGCCCCCUUCUCGGGCCAGGAGCUCAGCAACCUCAUCACGCCCCUAGCCAUUCACACACACAACUUCGCCGUGGCCGCUGCCUAUUACCGCAGCCAGCAGCAGCAGCAGCAACCGCCCACCGCGCCCCACCCGACGGCUGCAGCCGCCGCCGCCGCUGCUGCUGCUGCAGCUGCCGCCGCCGUGGCCGCCGCCGCCCCGGCCUCCCCCCCCUUCAGCUUCCAGCCCCUGCGCCGCCUGUCCGAAUCGCCCGUGUUCGAUGCGCCCCCCAGCCCCCCGGACUCGCUGUCGGAUCGGGAGAGCUAUUUGAGCGGCUCCCUCAGCUCAGGAAGCCUCAGCGGCUCCGAGUCCCCGAGCCUCGACUCCGGCCGCCGCCUGCCCAUCUUCAGCCGCCUCUCCAUCUCCGACGACUAAGCGAGCAGAGCUGCAGCCACAAGAGGAAGUUUUUUGGGGGGGAGUUGGAGGGUGGGCUGGGUGGCUUGCAGGGACGUCCCCUCUCAUCCCUUUUC